AUGCCUGUUUUAACACGUAGAGUUCUGAGCAAUUUGACCAAAAAUAGUUUGUAUGUUCCCAGCAAAAUAUCUGCCGCUUUGUGUUCAGCUCAGUUGCCUCAAAAUGCCAAUUACAGCACUGCUGGAAAAAGGCAAAAUCUUUUAAAAUUCCCUGCCUUAAAAUUGGAAGAAACAAUCCCGAAAUUUUUAAAAACAGCUGAACCUGUUCUAACCAAAGAAGAAUUGGAGGAGACUAAACGUAUGGCUGCUGAAUUCCAAGCGAAAGAUGGUGCUGAAUUACAAAAGAUACUCGAAAAAGUAGCUGAGAGCCAAGAAAAUUGGUUGGCUCCACGUUGGCUGAAAGCCGCCUACUUAACAUAUCGUGAUCCAGUUACAGUUUUCUCCAGUCCCGGCAUGACCUUCCCCCUGCAACAAUUUAAAUCGUCUGCCGAUUACUAUAUGUACACAGCCAAGCUCAUUCAAGGUUUGGUUAAAUACAAACAGGUUGUAGAUGAUGGCAAGGUACCUGUGGUGAAAAUGGGCAAAAACGAAUUGGAUAAUUCACAGUUCAGUGCUGUGUAUGGUACCUGUAGAAUACCUCGUCCACAGGAAGAUGCUCUGGAAUAUCAUCCCACAUCUAAGCACAUUGCUGUGGUCUACAAGAAUCAUUUCUUCAAGUUGCCGGUAUAUAAUAAAAAUGGUGUAAUUAUCAAUGCCAAGGUUUUGGCUGAGCAACUACAACAAAUUGCCAACUCCGAGAAUAAAUCGGGCAUUCCCAUUGGUUUGCUAACCACCGAUAGUCGUGACAAUUGGGCCUCGGCUUAUGCUGAAUUAAUGAAAUCCCCAACCAAUGCCCGUAGUGUUAAGGUCAUACAAGAGUCCUUGUUCACUGUUUCGUUGGAUGAAGUGGUGCCAUUCGCCCAAGACGAGGUUUACAAUGUUUUAGGUUUGCAAUUGAUUCAUGGUGGUGGUACCGAUAAAAACAGUGCCAAUCGUUGGAUGGAUAAAACCAUACAGGUCGUUGUUAAUCCCAACGGCAUGAGUGGCUUCUGUUAUGAACAUUCUCCAGCUGAGGGUCAACCUAUUGCCAUGAUGACUGAUUAUAUAAACAAGAUUUUCCCCAAUCCUCAGGAGUUUGAAAAUGGUGCUAAUGACAAUUACGAAGCCUUUUCCAAGCUGCCAUUUGAUCAACCAACACCUGUUCUUGAGCAAAAACUCAACGAAGCUGCCAAAAAUGUUAACAAACUAGCGGACGACUUGGAAUUGCGUGUGCUACAAUACAAAGGAUUUGGCAAGGACUUUUUGAAGAAGCAAAAAUUAUCUCCUGAUAGUUUUGUACAAAUGGCUUUGCAAUAUGCUUUCUAUAGACUACAUAAAUGUGCUGGUGCCCAAUAUGAAACUGCCCAUUUACGUAUCUAUUAUGGUGGACGUACUGAAACAAUUCGUUCCUGUUCCAAUGAAUCAUUGGCUUUUGCCAAAGCCAUGAUGGAUCCAAAGUGCUCCGAUGAAACCCGUGUUGAACUCUUGAAAAAGGCCGUCAAUGGUCAUCGUGAAUAUACCACAAUGGCAUUGCAAGGACGUGGUGUUGAUCGCCACUUGUUGGGUCUUAAACUCAUGGCCCUGGAAAAUAACAAACCCAUACCGAAAUUCUAUCAAUCGCCUGGUGUGGUAAAGAGUGCCCACUUCCGUGUUUCUACUUCACAAGUUGCUUCGCCUAAUGCUGCCUUCAUGUGCUAUGGUCCCCUGACUCAUGACGGUUAUGGUUGCUGUUAUAAUCCUCGAGAUUCGGAUAUCUUUUUGGCCUGUUCCGCCUGGAAAUCAAAUGAAGAAACAUCGGCUAAAUUGUUUGCCAAAUCCAUUGAUGAGGCCUUGACCAGUAUGCGCGAAUUGUUGGAACGUGCUGGCGAAAAGCCCAAGGCCAAAUUGUAA